UAUUUUAUAUUAUUUACUUGUCAUUUUAUAUAACCUCGUAAAAUUAGAAAGGUUGCUUGUUGCAUAAAAAUUAUGUAUAUUAGUAAAAUUCUGUUAAUCGAUAACGUCAUAUCCGUUAAUAUAUAUUGUAAUAGUAUAAAAUUGCAUAAAUAAUAAAAAUACUCUCUUUAUGUAUUAAUAAACGAAAAUAAAUUAAAAACAAACUGCGAACAAGAAAUAGAAGCAUACGUGUAUACGAUAUAACCUUAAAAUUUAUAUAAUAGUAGCAAUGAAAAAUAAUUAAUGUAAAAAUAAUGGAUAAAAUUUUAAUAAACACAUUACAUAUUAGUCGACGAUUAGCAUGUACAUCUUCUGCAACAUAUCAAUAUUCAAAAAUUUUUAAAAAUUAUAGUGUACGUAUGUAUACAAACUAUAAUAAUCGGUUAUUAAAAUCAUGUUUGCUUCCUGUCACAAAAUCAUUUAAUAUUAUGCAAAAACGUACAAUGUUUAUACAAACACAAGAUACACCAAAUCCCAAUAGUUUAAAAUUUUUACCUGGAGUUAAGGUAUUAGAACAAGGUCAAACUAAGGAUUUUCCCAAUGCUAUAGAUGGAUAUUGCUCACCACUUGCAAAAAUGUUAUUUCGUAUUGAUGGUGUGAAAUCUGUAUUUUUUGGUCCUGAUUUUAUUACAAUAACAAAAGCUGAUGAAGAUGUAGAAUGGAAAUUAUUAAAACCAGAAAUAUUUGCUGUUAUAAUGGAUUUUUUUGCAUCUGGUUUACCUAUAUUAACUGAUGAAGAACCUGCAGCAGAUACUCAAAUUAGUGAUGAUGAUAGUGAAAUAGUACAAAUGAUAAAAGAAUUAUUAGAUACCCGAAUACGACCAACAGUACAAGAAGAUGGUGGUGAUAUUGUAUUUAUGGGUUUCGAAGAAGGUAUAGUGAAAUUAAAAAUGCAAGGUUCCUGUACAAGUUGCCCAAGUUCAGUGAUUACUUUAAAGAAUGGAGUCCAAAAUAUGAUGCAAUUCUAUAUUCCAGAAGUUCUUGGAGUAGUACAAGUUGAAGAUGAAACUGAUCAAAUUGCAAAAAAAGAAUUUGAAAAAUUUGAAGAGAAAAUUAAAAAUUCUAAAACUAAUGAAAAAUAGAGUUUUAAUUAAUGUUUAAUAAUAUUUAAAAAAACUAUAUAUACAUAUAAAUAAAUUAAACAAUUAUUUGUUCGUUUCUUA